UCGGCAGUGUUUAACAUACACCGCUCGCUGCUUUCUUGGCACUGAAACACGAAACACCCCCAAAGCAGCGAGAGUGCCACGAGAAAAGGCUGCGGCUUCUUCCACUUAGCUGUAUUUUGUCAAUGGUGGAGUAGCCGGUCGGCACGCUAAUUAAAACUCUGCAAAAUGUGGGUGUGGAGGGUAGCUAUUGUCUCUGUGAUAUUCAGCCUGUCCGGCGUCAUUGCGGGGCGCGAUUUUUACUCCAUCCUGGGAGUGAGCAAGAGCGCAAACACGAACCAGAUUAAAAAGGCGUACAGAAAAAUGGCCAAGGAGUUGCACCCUGACCACAACAAGGACGACCCUGACGCCAACACCAAAUUUUCGGACCUGGGAGCGGCCUACGAGGUGCUGUCUGACCCAGAGAAGCGCGAGCUCUACGAUAAGUGUGGAGAAGAGUGUGUCAAGAAGGACGGAAAUAUGGGUGGCCAUGACCCAUUCUCCAGCUUUUUUGGAGAUUUUGGUUUCCACUUUGGUGCAGAGCAGCAUAACGAGAGAAAUGAAAUACCCCGUGGUGCAAAUGUAGUAAUGGAGAUGUCGGUCUCCCUUGAAGAACUGUACUCGGGAAAUUUUGUUGAGAUCACCCGGAACAAACAUGUUAUAAAACCUGCCUCGGGAACAAGAAAGUGCAACUGCCGGCAGGAGAUGGUCACCAGGCACCUUGGUCCAGGGAGGUUCCAGAUGACCCAGCAGCAAGUCUGUGAUGAGUGCCCAAAUGUUAAGUUAGUUAACGAAGAGCGAACAUUAGAGGUCGAAAUCGAGCCUGGCAUGGUUGAUGGCCAGGAGCAAAAGUUUGUGGCUGAAGGCGAGCCACACCUGGACGGAGAGCCUGGCGACUUGAUUUUGAAAAUAAGAACUGCGCCACACUCCAGGUUCGAGAGGAGAGGGGACGACCUGUACACAAACAUAACUAUUUCCCUGCAGGACGCGCUGGUCGGGUUCAAUUUGGAAAUAGAACACCUGGAUGGGCACAAGGUGACAGUGAGCAGGGACAAAGUGACUUGGCCUGGCGCCAGGAUCAGGAAGAAGGGCGAGGGAAUGCCUAAUUACGAGAACAACAACCUGCAGGGAACUCUCUUCAUCACAUUUGACGUUGAAUUCCCCAAAACAGAACUGAGCUCUGACGACAAAGAAGCAAUAAAGAAGAUUCUGAACCAAAGUUCUAACAACAACGUGUACAACGGUCUUCGGGGCUACUAAAGUUUUCUAGGAAAUUAAUAAAAUAUAAGCAACUGUGAGACAUGUCGGUGACAAAGCGCCAGAACUGAUCUCCUCACUUGGUGGACUGUCCUAGAGCUGCCAGUUUCUUGUGACAAAUUGGUGUUCUUUUGUCAAUAGCCGACGAAGAAAUAAGAAAACCAGUGUGCAGUCUUCACGCAAUCAGUGGCUGUUGGUUGUUGUUGCCCCUUUCAGUUUACUACUCGUUGGACAAGAGUAGGAUGUACACUAUUGUUUAUGGAUAAAAGUGUGUUUUGAAUGUGUCUGCGUGACUGUUUUUACUGGAAAAUAAAUUAUUGGAGAAUUAAUUGAAACCAAAGCAUAUCAUAA